AUGAACUGCGAGGGUGCAAUCUACAAAAGUGCCUGUUCGCGUUCAGUCCAAGCUGAACAUAAGAAACGCAGGCCCCUCGUUCCAGAUUCCACGCUCAGGAGCAUUCGAGAAGACGAAGAAAUACGCCGACAAAAGGAGAAGCCGAGCAGCGACACUGCAUACGGACUUCGGACAUGGAGGGCCAGUUCCAGAAACAUCGCUGAAAACUUUGUUUAUGCCGCCUACCUUCUCAGCUGCUGUCAUAAGCGCAAGGCCCCAACUGCUAUCCUCAAACUGGAUUUCAGGAAGGCUUUCGAUUCUGUUUCUUGGGAUAGGCUUGAUCGCAUUAUGCAAGCCCGUGGCUUUGGCAACACUUGGUGCACCUGGAUCUCUCGCACCCUCCACACUGGUAAGACUGCCAUCCUUUUAAAUGGCACCCCUGGCCGCUGGUUCCAAUGCCGCCGCGGCCUUCGCCAAGGGGACCCUAUCUACCCCUAUCUGUUUAUCAUUGUGUCCGAUGUCCUCCAAAGGCUCAUCCAACGGGCAUCGGCUAACGGCGAGCUUUGCCACCCUAUCGAUCCCGACGACACCCUCAUUCUCCUCAAGGGUGACGUGGCCAGUGUGGCCAAGCUCCGGCAGAUCCUCGAUGCAUUCUCCCUCGCCACUGGCCUUCAUAUCAACUUCCACAAAUCCACGUUCAUCCCUAUGAACAUCGACUCUGCUGCUGCAACUGAGAUGGUCAACAUCCUUGGCUGUGAUGUCUCCUCCUUCCCCCAAACUUACUUCGGUCGCCCCCUCUCUCCGCACAAACUUAAGGAUGGCAAGGAGGAGGUCAUCCAAGCAUGGUACAUGGAUGACAGUGAAGAGGACCAGAGGCUUCCUCAUCAUCGCGAGCCCAAAGAAUUCAUUCCUCUCGACAAACUUUCAGAGCUAGGAAUAUUAAGCUGGCGCCUAAAUGCUGGUGAUUGGGAGAAUGAUGAGAACCUCAAGAAAAUUCGUGAAGCCAGGGGUUACUCUUACAUGGACAUUUGUGAUGUGUGCCCAGAGAAGUUGCCAAAUUACGAGGCUAAGAUAAAGAAUUUCUUUGAAGAACACUUGCAUACUGAUGAAGAGAUACGAUAUUGUCUUGAGGGUAGCGGCUACUUUGAUGUGAGGGACCAAAAUGAUCAGUGGAUCCGUGUAGCAGUGAAGAAAGGGGGCAUGAUUGUGUUGCCUGCAGGAAUGUAUCACCGCUUUACAUUGGAUACCGACAACUACAUCAAGGCAAUGCGGCUCUUUGUGGGUGAGCCUGUCUGGACGCCAUACAAUCGUCCCCAUGACCAUCUCCCGGCUAGGAAGGAGUAUGUUGAGAAAAUCAUCAACCGAGGUGGAAACCAAACCGUCGAAGCUCGUUGA